CAAGGACCGAAUGGCACCGUGUGUAUAUAAGAGAACGUACAAUUCACACACAAUAAUGCACAUGUGCCCUCCAUGUGGGUUCGAAAAAGCUUGUGUGCAAUUCGCAACGGGCAUUGAUAUCUCUGGGUAAAAGGUUGAAUGGGCGACAUCAUGGCCGAGAAUGGAGAUGGAGGUAGUGAAAUUUUACUCACAAAUAGUGACCCAAACAAAUCAACUGUAGAAAGCGAAAAGAGUGGAGAUGCCUCCACUAAGAAAGAUCUAUCCAAUCAUGCAAUAAAAUCCAACAGCAUGGCCAACCAGUCCAACGGCGAUGACACCGAUGGCGCUUCCACCUCCGAGGCCAAGACGACGGCAGCCCAGGCCAACGUGGGAAGCGGCGCUGUCCCCAAAGACAAGAAGAAGAAGAAGAAAAAGAAGAAAGGAGGAGAAAAGCCCGGGGAGGAGGUUGAAGAAGCUGGCUCGGCAGUAGCUACAAACGCAUCCGACCUUAAGAAUGCCCAGUUAUCAAUGGCCAAGCUGCGUGAUUUCCAGAGAGCGAUGGAGAUGUUUGUACAUCAGGGACCGGCAAGGAGCAUGGAGGAUGCCAAGAAAAAGGUCUACAACUUCUGGGACACCCAACCUGUCCCCAAAAUAGAUGAAGACAUUGACCCCAUUGUGAACGAGCCAGUGGAAGCAAACAAAGAAGAAGUCCGCACUGAGCCCUUCUCAUUACCCUCACAGUUUGUCUGGGACACCCUGGACAUUCACAACAAAGAGACUUUACAAGAGUUGUACACACUCCUGAAUGAAAAUUACGUUGAGGAUGACGACAACAUGUUCCGGUUUGACUACUCGGCCGAUUUCUUGAUUUGGGCUCUUACCCCUCCUGGCUGGUUAAAAGAGUGGCACUGUGGAGUCCGAGUAGCAUUGAAUAACAAACUGGUUGGCUUCAUCAGCGGAGUACCAGCCAACAUACAAAUCUACAACAAGACACAACGAAUGGUAGAGAUCAACUUCCUUUGUGUUCAUAAGAAGCUGAGAUCAAAGCGUGUUGCCCCUGUGUUGAUCCGAGAGAUCACGAGGAGAGUUCACCAACAGGGGAUCUUCCAGGCUGUCUACACAGCCGGUGUGGUCCUACCCAAACCCCUCGCUACUUGUAGGUACUGGCAUCGAUCUUUGAAUCCAAAGAAGCUAAUAGAUGUGAAGUUCUCCCACAUAGGUAGAAAUAUGACGCUACAACGCACCAUCAAACUAUACAAGCUUCCUGAGAAACCCAAGCUUAACAUGCGCCCGCUGAAGGACAGUGACAUCCCAGCCUGCUGCAUACUCCUCAAGUCCUACCAGAAGAAGUUCGCCAUGGCUCCGAUCUUCAACGAGGAAGAAUUCCGCCAUUGGUUCACACCCGUUGAGGGCAUCAUCAGUACAUACGUCUUAGAGAACGACGAUGGCAAAGUGACGGACUUUAUUAGUUACUACACACUGCCCUCCUCCAUUAUGCACCAUCCUGUACACAAAAAGCUAAAGGCUGCGUACGCUUUCUACAACGUGAGCACCAAGGCGAAUAUGGUGGACCUGAUGCAAACAGCUCUGACACUGGCUAAACAGGAUGGCUUUGAUGUGUUCAACGCUCUGGACCUGAUGGAGAACAAGUCAUUCCUGGAGAAGCUCAAGUUCGGUAUCGGUGACGGUAACCUGCAAUACUACCUGUACAACUGGAGAUGCAAAACCAUGGAACCACAUCAGAUCGGCCUGGUGCUACAGUAGACAUCACCCACAGAGGGGCUCAAGAGUCAAAACCAAAGGAUCCACCAGAGAGUGCUUGCUGAGGAAAUCCCACCCCACGAGGGCGCCAUAACUUGUGUUCACCCCCUAUAAUGUCUGGACAGGAAGUACCUCCCACCUGCUGACACUAUGGCCCCGCCCAUCCCCCUCCAUCAGAAUGAGUUUACUACGGACUGUCUACAUCAACUGUUUUCCUCGACAGCUGUUGUCCUCUUCUGUUAAGUCGGAUUUCCGUGAACGCUGCACCGAGUUCUCAGCGUUGCUAUGAACUUAACCAAUCAAGAUAGGUCUGUCAUCUUACCGUUUGUAAGAGGCUUUCUGAUUUGUUGACUUGUCCGCACAAAAAGGCUUUUAUUUUAUUCUAUUUUAUUUUUAGAUGCAGGUUAUUUGGGGAUUGUUUGUCAAUAGAUUUGAUCUGGAUAACAGUUAAGCUAUCUUGAUUGCACAAUGCCCUUUGGAGGUGAAAGUGAGGCUUGGUUCAUCAAUGGUCAGUUCCCCUCCUGCAUGCAGGAUUGAUUUGUCAGCAUGUGAGAGAAGUCAGCGUACCAUUAUGAUGGGACGGCAAACUGUGUAUGCUUAGUGAAAGCUAGGGCUCAUGCCAUAAUGUAGUGAUUAAGAAGUCAGCUGUUUAAAAUAAAUGCUUACCCAGGUUUAAAAUAAUAUGUCCUUAAUUUCUCCCUCUUCCUAAAAUACAUCAAAAUCAAUUGUAGAUUUGAAGGCAAUGGACACUUUUGGUAAUUACUCAAAAUAAUUAUUGGCA